GGGAGUGAGAGAGAGAGAGAGAGAGAGAGAGAGAGAGAGAGAGAGAGAGAGAAAGCUGCUUGUGUGUAAGCGAGAAUGGAUGGGAAACCUUAAACGCUUGUGAAAUUGACUGCGUGAUUGUGUUAAGCCAAGUGGACAGAAUGCUGACUUCUCUUAAAGCCAUCCCGUGUUCUAAGCAGAUAGGGCCCUGAGAAGGGGAGGGAACCCUGGAAAAAAGACACGUUCCAUCUGGGAACCGUUAGCCAGCCACCCAGUCAGGACGGACCAAAAAGCUUUUGUUGAACAGAUGAUUGAAAGCACCAUGCUCUAUUUGACUUGGAAGAACUAAACACACAACCAGAGGAGCUGAAUGUUUGCGCCUACUUAAAAAAAUCUAUCUCUCAUUUUUGAAGGUUGAGUUUUUAGAUUUUAUUUUUUAAAUCGUGGCUUCUCCUCCACGUGGUUUCACAAAGCGAGUCGCAGUCCUAGCAACCGGUUUGACAGAACGGGACGUUGGCAUUAAUGGACUCCGUGGAGUAUGGUCGUGGAGUGCAGCACAGUGGGUCGUCCUGCCAGCGUCAGUUCUCAGCUGUAAACCCUAGAGAGGAGUCUUCACAGUGACACCGUCGAGCUGCAGAGAGAACCUAACUCCUGAGGAAGUCACUGUCUCCCAGCUCUGACUGAUGGAGCUGAAUCAGAUCUCUCUUCUCUUCCCGUAUUGACUGAGGAUCUAAUCACAAACACUUUACAACCUCACGCAACCCUGCGGAGAUCUGGCUGCACAUCCCCUACCCACAAUCCUCCUCUGAGCGCCAUGGCCCGUGCCGGUGGCGUGACUGCGCCUCUGGUGCCGAUAGGCUACUUCCUGUUCUUCCCCCUGCUGCGAUUGGCCGAGGCCAGCUGUCCGUCUGCCUGCGUUUGCGCCUCGGACAUUUUGAGCUGCAGCGCGGCUGGUCUGAAGCUCCUCCCCUCCCUGCUUCCCCCCUCCACCGCCACCCUGGACCUCAACCACAACCUGCUGGUCGCCUUGGUGCCCGGCGCCUUCUCCUCCCUGCCCCGCCUCCACACCCUCCGCCUGGCUCACAACCGCCUCAGCAGCCUGGAGCCCAAAACCUUCCAGAACGCCAGCCUGGGUCUCCGGCACCUGGACCUCUCGUCCAAUCAGCUGGAUCUGCUGGAUCGGCACUGGUUCCUGGAGUUGCCAGGGUUACAGGAGCUCCUGCUGUUCAACAACCACAUCGUCAAGGUGGAGAGUCUGGCGCUGGCUGGCCUGGGCAUGCUCAGACAGCUCUAUCUCAGCCACAACUAUCUCACCGAGUUCCCCUUCUCGUCCAUCCAGGAGCACCCCUACCUGUCCACCCUGGACCUGUCCUCCAAUCAGCUGCUCCAGCUGCCUCUGGAGGAGAUCUCCGCCCUGCCCGCCACCCUCCAGAGCGCCCUCUACCUCCACAACAACACGCUGACCUGCGGCUGCUCCAUGUACGGCCUGUUCCGCCACUGGGAACAACGAGGCUUCGGCUCGGUGAACGACUUCCGCAGGGAGCACACCUGCCGGCUGUACGGGGACCGGCGCGCCUCGGUUCGCUUCCUGGAGCACGGGGGCUCCUUCGGGAACUGCAGCCUACCCCCCGCCGAGCAGCAGGGGGCGGCGGAGAGCAGCCUGCAGGGCUACGUGGGAGACGCCCUCCUCCUGGACUGCGUGACCCGGCUGAGAGGUCGCGACCUCCACUACCUGUGGGUCCUGCCCCAGCAGGCUUACGUGGCGGCGCCGGGCAACGACAACGGCUCGCUGCGCGUGUUCGCCAACGGCUCCCUGGAGAUCCUGUCGGCGAGGGCGGAGGACUCGGGCGUUUACCUGUGCAUGGUGCAGGACCGGGGACGCCAGCGCAAUGAGACGUGGGAGGUGAACGUGACGGUGGCGCUGCGGGGGCAGGAGGCGGAGCCCUUCAACACGGGGUUCACCACCCUGCUGGGCUGCGUGGUGAGCCUGGUGCUGGUGCUCAUGUACCUUUACUUGACCCCCUGUCGCUGCUGCUGCCGCAAGACCCCCGCCCCGGCCGCCAACACCCCCAGCCCCGGCAACGAGGCCAGCGCACAGUCCUCCAUCCUCAGCCCCACCCCGCCCGCCACCACAGAGGGGCCGGGCCGCAAGGUCAGUAACAACAAGCAUGUGGUCUUUCUGGAGCCAAUCAGAGAGCAGAAUGGCCGGCUUAGGGUGGAGCCCCCCAAGCUCCUCCAAUCGCAGCGAGGGGACACAGACUCCAUCAUCUCAGUGUUCUCAGACACACCCAUCGUGCCAUAGCACCCAACAGCCAUCACCUCCUCGUACUCCUCCUGCUCCUCCUCCUCCUACUCCUCCUCCUCACCCACCUCCCCCCCCCCCCCGACCUCACCCACUCCUCCUCACUGCCAGCUGGGGAGGUCCCUGAGAUACUGAGGCUCAAAGCAGCACAGAGAGAUGGAAGCAGGGGAGGAGAGACUGGGAGGAGAGAGACGAGGAGCGAGAGACGAGGAGACUCCUAGGUCAGGCGAUAGAUGGAGGACCCUGGAGGUAUGCAGGAGAAGCUUGGUGUGAUCAGGUCAACGGGGGAAACAUCUCAGCCUCUAAACAACCAGACUGUCAACACAGAGCUCCUUUCUG